AUGGUGCAACAACCCGUAGUAACCAGCAGCCGUGUACCGGUUCGCAUUACCAAUCCUGUGGUAUACUCGGCUCCUUCCGAUUCUGAAGAAUCCGAUAUUGACGACAACGACAUUGCAUUCUCCAAUCCCCAACGCAAUCCGCAUUAUCAGCGCGUUCCCGAGCUUGAUUUUCUGGCACAGCCCAUGGACAUACUCUAUGCAUAUCAAGAAAGUUUACGGCAAAAGACCAAACCCCGUGUGUCUCAGGAUGAUAUCGCCGGUCGACAACAGCACCUUGAUAACCUCAAAGCGAUGAAGCAGUUGACAAUGGAGGAAUCAAAACGGCAAUACAGAGAGCAAUCCCGGAAAUACCAACAAGAAGUAGCCAGCAUCAAAUCUGCAGCUGACUUAGAUGAAAAUGAGCUGGAUAAAGAAUUUGAAUCCCUAUUAAAGGAACGUCGUGCACGUAUCGAAAGUGCUAUCAAGCUCGACAAGGAUAAGCUUCAAAAAGAAGCUGCACGCAAGGAAGCCGAACGCAAAGCCAAGGAAGAAAAGGACAAAAGGGAGCAGGAGGCGAAAAAGAAGGCUGAGGAUGAGGCCAAAGCAAAAGAAGAAGCAGCUAAACGAGCGGCAGCAUCAACAUCAUGUUCAACUGGUGGUUUGGAGGAUUACAAAAAGUAUACAGCCGUAUUGGAUUAUUACAAACAACAUUAUCGCCCAAGGUUGGAGGACAAGACUUUUCGAUCCACCGUUUUCAAAGAAAAGAUGCCACUCAAACGAUUCAUCAAACAAUUGCAAUUCAAGCCUGAAGUGGUGGAGCAACGUCAUGUUGCGAUCAGGGAUCGUUUAUUAGCUGUCAAACAACAAUCAACCGAUGCUUAUCACUGCUUAUUAAACCAGAUGGCAAAGGACUUUUUGCUUCAAGUUCGUACAGAGGUGUCAUCCAUUAGUUGGGGUGCUUACUUUUACGCACGACUAGCGAUGCUUUUGAUGUCUUCGUUACCUGAAUUCAAGGAUUACUUGAUGGUCCGGCUCUUUAAACGUUGUCCAUACAUGAUACCCCAAUACCACGAUGAUCCGGCCUUAUCUGUCACAGAGAUGCAAAAGCUCCAACGCUAUGAAUACGUCAAUGAGGAGAAGACCGAGUUCCAGCCGACCGAUAUGUACUAUCUCUACCAGUAUUCAUACAUUAUGUUUUAUGCAGCCCUUGUACAAAUGACACCACAAAGAAGCGAUCCACCCAAUCCAUACGGCAUCGAACAUGGCUGGAUAUGGCUUGCACGUAUAUGUAACAUUCCACCACGAGAUAUUACAGCGGGUCUACUUUACCACUUUUUGCAUGUCGCCGGGCAACGACUUUUACAAGAGUAUCCACGCCAAACAAUGAAGGUGUUGCGAUUGAUUCUGGAUGACAUCUUACCACUUAUUCCACGUUCUCGAGAAAAUGCUAGUCCAGUCAAUGAAUUACAGCGUGUCUUGCAGGACUUCUUCCAAACCGGUGUCUUGCCAAAGAUGAAAGAAGUUUUAGACAAGAAAGUGUAG